AUGAAGCAGCUCAUCAACAAAAACCUCAUAACGUUGAAAUGUGUUCUCUUUUGCUUCCUCUCAGGAAUAGGAUGUAUAUUUCCGUUUCUACCGCUGCACAUGCUGGCAAUUGGGCUGGAUCGAGCUGAAGCACGUCUCAUAUCCGCCGUGGCGCCAUGCGUCGCUCUACUUGGUCCGGCGAUAUUGGGACCGCUAAUUGAUAGAUUAUCAGUGGGUCGAGGUUCUACCGGAGGCAGCAUAGGCCAAAGCGGUUCAGGGAAAUUGCUGCGCAUUGUAACUGCCAUUUGCCUCAUAUUGAGCGCCUUAUUUUACACUUUGCUGCUUGUGGUGCCUUACACGGAACGACACGAUGCGCGGCGGCCACAUGUUUUGUUCAUGUGCGACGCGGAAGGUGCAUACGUUAUGCAGGAGGUGUGCACGGAGGGCAUGCGCUGCAACACCUGGCCAGGGGAAAAGAAAGGAGUGCUAGCAGUGGGAGCGUGUGAAUAUGGCUGCGCGGACGAAGACAUGACUUGGCUAACUGAACCAUUCUCCACCACAUCCACCACCACUACGCUUAGACCCAUGUACAACAGCGUCGCCAACGCCACUGCCACGAUAGAGACGGUGACCGACGACGGUGACGAGGGCGCGGAUUUCGAGCUGAACCCGCCGCACCUGUGCACGGACGGGCGCUGCCUCGUGUACAUGCAGCACGCCGCGCGCCUGCGCCUGCCGCUGUCGCUCACCGCGCCGCCGCCGCGCGCCCGCAACUUCACCGACAACAACGACUACAGCGACGACAACGCCAACAACGCCACCCUCGACAACUGGUGCUCUUACCGCUCUCCAUUUCAAUGUUUGGUGCCGGCUGAUCGUUUAGCCGGAAUCAACACAAUAGACAGACCUUGCCGGCCAGCAGUGCGCUGUCAAGUUUUGGAUCCUUACGACGAACCCGAUGGCGUACUGGCCGACGCCGAAUGUCGUCUGAUUAUUGGCGACCCGGCUUAUACGUUCUGGAGCUACUUCGUACUGAGGUGUAUAGCAGAUAUAUGGCCAACUGCAGGAUUGGCUUUACUUGGAGCUGCAUGCGUUAUAGCGACCAGGGAGACGUCACUCGGGCGAGGCGACGUUGGUCGCCAACUUGCUGUUGGCACCAUUGGACUGGCCAUUUUUCCGCCACUGGCUGGCUUUGCGGCCGAGCAAAUGCCCGACACGCCAUACCUAGUGCCGUUCCUUAUGCAUGCCCUGUUUAUGUUGAUCGGUGCACUAAUUCUACUUAUUGACGGGGGCAUGCCGCUGUCGCCGCCGGAGUGGUGGUGGCACACGGCGGGCGGCGCGCUGGCUGUGCCACUGAGCGCGGUACGGCGCUACGGCGCGGAGACGGCCGCGCUGUGCGCCGUGCUCGUGCUGCUCGGCGCGCUCUGGAGCGCCAUCGAUGCCUACCUGCCCUGGACGGUGAUGGAGCUGGACGGCACGCUGGUGCGCGUGGGCGCCACGCUGAGUGCGGGCGCGCUGCCGGCACUGGCCGCGCUCUGGUGGGCCGAGGCGCUGGUGGACUACGUCGGACAUUCCAACCUCUUCAUCACUGCCUUCAUCUUCUACUGCCUCCGCUACACGGGUUUGGCAUUCAGUACGUCGUUCGCGUGGAUAAUUGUCUGUGAGCUACUGGAGGUGUUCACAUUGAGCCUCGUGUGGGUGACUGCCAUUCUGUACUUCCGACACCUUGUGCCGAGGAAGUACACGAUCACGGGGCAGGCCCUUCCCGUCAUCGCACAUUUCUGUAUUGGGCGGUGUAUUGGAGCGAUAGUAGGCGGGCUGGUGGGGCUGGGGACGCCGCUGGCGGGUGCUCGUGACGUGUACCGCGGGCUAGGCGGCUCGGCGCUGGCGGUGGCCGGCGUCUACCUGGCGCUGUACCACCUGGUGCUGGCGCCGCGCUGCGCCGCGCCCACCGCCGCACCGCCCGCUGCGCUGCUACGAGGCAUGAACGGUAACGGUGCUUCAAACGGAACAUACUCUCCCAUGCGUGUUUAUCACGAAGAACGUUCAAGGAAGGGUCACUUCCGUUAUUGA